GUACAAUGGAGCGAGAGCAGUAACGGGGUGGCGGAGGAACCGGCGGCGGCGGCCGUGACGGCGGGACAAGGACGCGAAGGCCAAAGCAGCGACCCGAAGGACGGUUAGUUCGGUUGCCGAGGAAAGAGUCAACAGCUAUUAUGAUGGGAGAUACUUCAAAACCUUGCCUUGCAAGACGUAAUAAAGAGCGGGGAAUUUUAAAUGAGGAGGAUUUCCAGAAGUGUGCUCUACGUCAUGAUUACCAAGUAAUGGAUGAUUAUGGAAAUGGACACAGCAACAAGAUGGACAUAGGACUCGAGAAAAGAAAGGGUGCACCGGGUCACUAUGGAACAAGUCCCAGAAAAGGACCACAUGGUGCUUUGAGUAGUCCAAAUUCUAAAAACAUUGUUUACAAUCAAGGGACAAGAAUAAAUGAUUCCUCAAAAGACCAAAUUAAGAAGUGGGUAUCUGACAACCAUCAUGCUAAUUCAGACAGCUGGAGAGAGUACAAAUCUACAGCCCGGAUACCUGUGCUUAUCAGAACAAGGAAGGAUUCUUUUCAUGAGUGUGAGAGCCCAGGAAACAGAAAUGUACGGAGGCAACUCCAGAGCAUCCUAACAAGUGAAGAUGGGUCAGAUAGGAAAGGAAAUUCUGAAAUGAAGAAACAUAGGAAGCCAAGGAGAUCAAGAAGGAUGAGAAAAGAAGAAAAUGAUCAAGAUGAUGAUGUGGAUGGACCAGUUAUAGAUGAGUCUUUACUGACAGCAAAAGAAUUGCUAGGGCUGCAGCAAGCUGAAGAACGACUUAAACGGGACUGCAUUUACAGGCUGAGGAAGCGACCUCGGAGCUACCCAACAGCCAAAUAUACUUGCAGAUUAUGCGAUGCUUUGAUUGAGUCGGUGGCAUUUGCGCAUAAGCAUAUAAAAGAAAAAAGACACAAGAAAAACAUAAAGGAAAAGCAAGAACAGCAACUGCUGACUGCUCUACCUCCACCAACACCUUUGCAGAUCCAAGCGAUUGGUGUUGCUAUUGAAAAAGUAGUGCAAGAAUUUGGUUUAAGUAAGGAAGAAUUGGAACAAAGAAUUGAAAUUAAAACUGCCAUGGAAAAUGUAUUGCAUCAAAAAUUGCCAGACUGUUCUCUAAGGCUGUAUGGCUCUUCCUGUAGCAGAUUUGGUUUCAAAAAUUCUGAUGUAAAUCUAGAUAUUCAGUUUCCAGCCAAUAUGUCCCAACCAGAUGUACUCUUACUUGUACAAGAAAGCCUGAAGAACAGUGAAUCUUUUAUUGAUGUUGAUGCAGAUUUCCAUGCUAGAGUGCCUGUGGUGGUGUGCAAAGAAAAGAAAAGUGGCCUUGUUUGCAGAGUAAGUGCAGGGAAUGAGAAUGCUUGUCUGACAACAAAUCACUUGGCUCUGCUAGGAAAAUUAGAACCUCAUCUUGUGGCCCUAGUUAUUGCCUUCAGACACUGGGCCAAGCUAUGUUGUGCAGAUCGUCCCGAAGAAGGCGGAUUACCACCUUAUGUGUUUGCUCUAAUGGUUAUUUUCUUUCUGCAACAAAGGAAAGAACCCUUCCUGCCCGUUUAUUUAGGAUCAUGGAUUGGAGGAUUCUCAUUGAACAAAUUAGUGAACUUUAAUCUAAAAGAGGUUGAAAAUGACAUUGUGGUCUGGGAGCACAAUCCUGCUGUUGAUGACCCCAUUUCUUCAAAGGACGAUUCUCCUAAGAGGGGCAAGGUUCCUUUAGUGUUCGAUUCAGAUCAUCAGUGUUCAAUCCCUGUUGGACAGCUCUGGGUUGAACUGCUUCGUUUCUAUGCCCUGGAGUUUAAUUUGGCAGACUUGGUAAUCAGCAUACGCCUCAAAGAAAAAGUGUCUCGUGAAUCAAAGGAUUGGCCUAAAAAGCGGAUUGCUGUGGAAGAUCCUUACUCUGUGAAGAGGAAUGUGGCAAGAACACUUAAUAGUCAACUGGUAUACGAAUAUAUUCUUCACUGCUUACGGGCAACUUACAAAUAUUUUGCCUUGCCCCAUAAGCAGAGUUCAAAAAACAAUCAGCAGAGAUCUCUAGAAUCCACAGUACCCUUGGAGCUUGAGAAGAGUGCUUUGAAACAUGGCAUCCCUGAUACGCAAAAUGCACAGAAUGAAGCAGAGAAAACAGUAAUGGGCAGCUGCCUAACUUCUACCAAGAUUAGUACAUAUUUUCCUCAGGAACAUGUGUUCGAUCUUUCUCAGGUAUUUGGUGCUGAAAGCUUUGCGGAAGAACAGUUGGCAGAUGAUAUAGAGCACUUAGGGAUUUCUCAUGAGGACUCAGACUGCAUAAUUGAAGAAUUUAUUUCUGGUGACAAUGAGGAAUUUAAACCAAGCUGUGAAGAGACUGAGAGUGGAAAUGAAGAGGAAGAAGAGGAAGGUCAUGAACCUGUUAGAAAAUGGCAGGAACAUUUGGGUAUUAUUCAAGGUUUGGAUGAAGACAGUGAAAGUGGAGAUCUUGCUGUUCCAACUAGUGAGCAUGACAUUGAAACUGACAGCAUUUCCGAUUUGGAAAGUUUUCAAAAUACAGUAGCUGCUCUUGAUGAGUUUGGUUUAGAAUGCAGUGGAGUGCUUGAUGAUAAGGUUGACGUUGAUGAAGAGAGCACAGAAGGCACUGAUGAACUGGAUGAUUCCCUGAUUAAGUUGGAACCGCCAACUCAGGAACAAGUAUUUGAAAUGGAUAACUCUGAGGAGGAAGAGGAGGUGGAGGAAGAGGAAGAACACAGUAUCAUAAACCAGAGACAACAUGGUGAUGUUAUCAAUACCGAAGACGAACUGGACAACACAUACACUGGAUCUGGCGUUGAGGAGGCUCUGUCUGAAGAGGAAGAAUUGUUUAUAUCUGUUAAAUAUGAAGAUACUGAACUCAGAAAGAAUGAAGAUGAGCUUCCAAGGGUGGAUUUGAACAAAGAAGAUAGUGCUGAAAAGGGAAUGUUUUCAGAAAGCAGUAUACCCGUAGACCUAUAUAGCAAAGCUGAAUUCUUCUAUGAGUUUAAUAAAUCUGCUUUCACAAAAGGCAAGUCUCCUACAGUUGUAUGCAGCUUGUGUAAGCGAGAAGGUCACUUAAAGAGGGACUGUCCAGAAGACUUCAAAAAAAUUGAGCUCGAUCCUUUGCCACCAUUAACACCCAAAUUUUCCAAUACUUUAGAUCAAGUGUGCAUCCAGUGUUACAAGGAUUUUGCUCCAAACAUUAUAGAAGAUCAAGCUCGUGAAUAUAUACGGCAAAACCUUGAAAGUUUCAUCCAACAAGAAUUUCCAGGCACUAAAUUAAACUUGUUUGGCUCCUCAAAGAAUGGGUUUGGCUUCAAGCAGAGUGAUCUCGAUAUUUGUAUGACAAUUGAUGGCCUGGAAACAGCUGAGGGACUUGAUUGCAUAAGAAUCAUUGAAGAGCUUGCAAGAGUGCUCAAGAAACAUUCAGGUCUAAGAAAUAUCUUGCCUAUAACAACUGCUAAAGUGCCAAUUGUCAAGUUCUUUCAUGUCCGAAGUGGUCUUGAAGUAGACAUCAGUUUGUAUAAUACCUUGGCCCUGCAUAACACAAGACUUUUGUCCUCUUAUGCAGCUAUUGAUCCUAGAGUAAAAUAUCUCUGUUAUACAAUGAAAGUCUUUACAAAGAUGUGUGACAUUGGUGAUGCAUCUAGAGGUAGCCUGUCUUCCUAUGCAUAUACUCUUAUGGUACUCUAUUUCCUUCAGCAGAGAAGCCCACCUGUCAUUCCUGUUCUUCAAGAGAUCUACAAAGAGCCAAAGAAACCUGAAAUUUUAGUUGAUGGCUGGAAUGUCUAUUUCUUUGACAGAACAGAUGAACUGCCAGUUGUUUGGCCAGACUUUGGUAAAAACCAAGAAUCCAUUGGUGAGUUAUGGCUAGGACUUCUGCGUUUUUACACUGAAGAAUUCGAUUUUAAAGAGCAUGUUAUCUGCAUCAGAAGAAGAAACUUGCUUACAACAUUCAAGAAGCAGUGGACUUCGAAAUACAUAGUUAUUGAAGAUCCUUUUGAUCUGAAUCAUAAUCUGGGAGCUGGAUUAUCAAGAAAAAUGACAAACUUUAUAAUGAAGGCCUUUAUAAAUGGCAGAAGGGUAUUUGGCACCCCAAUAAGAGGAUUUCCUAAAGAAUAUCCUUCCAAAAUGGAAUAUUUUUUUGACCCAGAAGUGCUGACAGAAGGAGAACUGGCCCCAAAUGAUAGAUGUUGCAGAAUUUGUGGGAAAAUUGGACAUUUCAUGAAAGACUGUCCCAUGCGGAGGAAACUGAGAAGACGGCACGAUAGUGAAGAUCCUAAAAACCAAAGAUAUCCAGAAAACAGAGAAAAAAGAAGUAAAGAGGAAAAAGAGACCCCAGUUAAAAAUACAGAAAGAGAAGUUUCACUAAAGGAUGGGAAACUACAGAUAUGCACACCUAACAAAAAUAAGGUGGGCAGGGGAGUAAUGGAAACUGGAAAAGAGAAGACUUCCAAGCAGCCAGUAGAGAAAUGGAAGCGACAGGAAGACAGAGAUUUAAGAGAAAAGCGUUGUUUUAUUUGUGGAAGGGAAGGACACAUUAAAAAAGAAUGCCCACAGCACAAAGGAGCUGCAGGUGUGUUGAAGUCAGAAAGUCCAUGUGGGUCCCCUUUAUCCAGUGCUGUUAAACACUCUGGUCGAUUAAAUCAGGGACUGCUACAGGAAGAAAAAAAGAAACAGAAAGGAAAAAUAUUCUUGAGUCCCCAGUCAGGCAGCCUUUCCAGUAAAUACAUGACUCAGGGAAAAGCUUCACAGAAGAGGCCCCAUCAAGAUUCAUGAGAGACUGAAGCAAUCUUUUAAGUUGCAAUAUAGGCCGUCCAUUUCCUUAGGAAAUGUUUAUUUUCUUUAUAGCUUCGGGUUCACAAAACAGCAGCACAGUCUUCAACUUAAGUUCAAAGAAAACACAUUUUAUUUUAGAUUACUAAAGGUAAAAAAGCAAUGGGUUUUAAUGUUUGUUCAUACCAUGAAUCCCUGCUCUUAAUAGAUUUGAGCAUUUUAAUAGAAAACCAUGAUGUUUGUAUUUACUAGGUAAAACAUGUAGAUCAGGGAAGUCCCUAACCCAAACCACUUCUAUGAGUUCCUACAUUCAGUCUGAAUGUUCGAGUGCACUUAAAUGGUGUGCAAGCCAAAUAUAGUGUCUCCUUCAAAAUAUUAUUUUUGAAGGCUAAAAGGGGUAUUUAUUAAUGAUGAACAUUUGCUGAUUCCUUGUGUUAAAGUGUUUGAAAUGUUUCUGGACUGCUACUGCCGUAUUUGCAAAUAUUUUAAUCUGUGGGGAGCUAAAACAUGGACGUUAAGUAAACUUUUAUGUAAAAUCUCUGUGGAAAAGCAGUGCCAUUGAGUGAAUUCUUCCUUCUGUUAUUUUAUGAUAAUUGAUAUACUGCUGUGCUUGUGUACAGAGAAACUGAGAAGCUGGUUAGUUCUGUUUACUGCUGCUAUGAUUCUUUCCCAUUGUCUACAACAUAGAAAAAACAAAAAUUCCACUAAGGAAACAAGGGGUAUAUUUGGCAGUUAAAAAAAAAAGUGAAUGCACUUCUUCGUUAUUGAAAAGUGAAGAAAAUCUGUGUGCUAGUCAAGGAUUUAAUUUUAUAUUGUCAUCGAGGCUUAAUGUCAGGAUUUUCUGGAGAUGGUACAAUAUACCAUUUCCAGGAAAAGUAUACAGCAAACAAUUAAGUCGCUGUUAUUUAUGACCUUGAAUAAAACAGCCAAGUGAAAACUUUAA